CGGUGAGCGGAUGAAGAAGAGCGGGACGGAGCCGAAAAGAAAAAGCGCAGAUCGGCGCCGCCUUGUCGCUGCGUUGUCGUUCACUUUAACGCAAAAAAACAAAUCGCAUCGCGUUUCUGUCUCGAGCUCGGAGCUUCCGCUCUCGUCUUCACGUUCGCGUUCUUUGCUCUUUCUUUUUUCCGCAGGCGGCCCCCCAGCCUCUGCGUUUUCCCCCCUCUCUCUCUCUCUCUCUCUCUCCCCCCUCUCGGAUGAUUUAGGAUGGUGAGCUCAGCAGACGCUGCAGCCCGAGUGAAGCCCACCGCGCCGAGAGGAGCGCGCUGAUCCACACAGCGCGGCUUUGGGCGCCGCUGGCUGAGCGAUGAUGGCUCCUGCACUGAAGCGCUGCUGUGGGCUGCACGCCUUUGUGCGCGGCUUGUUUAUCUCGGCCAGCUAAAAGCAGCAGCAGCAGGCGCAGCGGCGGCGGCCAGGCUCUCGCCCACAUGCCGGACAGCAUGGGAGUGCCGCUCUAAUAGCCUAUCUCAGCCUUUAACUCCCCCCUUUUCCCUCUUCUUCUUUUUUGUUUUCAUGUCGAACGCUGCGUGAAUAGCUUUCUCUCCCCUCCCUCUUUUUGUCCUUUUUUGUUGUUGCCGUCGUUGAACGUCGCGGCCAUGCGCGAAUAUAAGGUGGUGGUGUUGGGCAGCGGCGGCGUGGGGAAGUCCGCCCUCACCGUGCAGUUCGUCACCGGCACGUUCAUCGAGAAGUACGACCCGACCAUCGAGGACUUCUACCGCAAGGAGAUCGAGGUGGACUCGUCGCCGUCCGUGCUCGAGAUCCUGGACACGGCGGGCACGGAGCAGUUCGCCUCCAUGAGGGACCUGUAUAUCAAGAACGGCCAGGGCUUCAUCCUCGUGUACAGCCUGGUCAACCAGCAGAGCUUUCAGGACAUCAAGCCUAUGCGGGACCAGAUCAUCCGGGUGAAAAGGUAUGAGAAGGUGCCAGUGAUCCUGGUGGGGAAUAAGGUGGAUCUGGAGAGUGAGCGGGAGGUGUCGGUGAGUGAAGGUCAGGCUCUAGCUGAGGAGUGGGGCUGCCCUUUCAUCGAGACUUCCGCCAAGAGCAAGACUAUGGUGGACGAACUGUUCGCCGAGAUCGUCCGGCAGAUGGACUACGCAGCGCAGCCGGACAAAGACGAUCCCUGCUGCUCCUCCUGCAAUAUACAAUAACCCUCCUGAGCGAGGACUCACACACACCCACACACUCUCUCUGUACACACACACACGCACACAUUUACCAACAUGGUCAAACACAUACAGGCGUACACAAGAGUUUCAGUGGAUGUUCUUUUUUGGUGCAUCAGUUUUAUCAUAGUGUAAUUAAUUCUGGCAUAUAUGUCCAAGACUGAAUGGGGAAAAUGUGAGGAAUUUUUGUCACUUUAUUAACUGACUGACUUAAUACUGAACCACAGAGAAGUGCACUGGCCUUAUGAGUGUUCCAUUUCCUGAUGGAGUAGGAGACGUCUGCGGGAUUUACUGGUCUCGUACGGUUUGCUACUUCUCUCUGCAGCACUAUUUAGCCAUUGUUUUAUUUUUUGUUUGUUGUUGUUGUUUUUUCAUUUGUAAGUUCUUUUCUUGUUGAUCUGACCCACUUUUGUUGGAAGGUUGAAGAGGUGAGUGUCUCUGACCGUUUGUCUGAGACAGAGCAAUGAAAUCAGCCUCCUCAACCUCAAGCAUUAAACUUUAAUGAAAGAUUGAUUAGAGUGAAAAAGAGAGGAUGAUACACGCACUCCACUGACACUACCAAAAAAAACUUCAAAGGCCUCCUGUUUUCUCUUCUUUUUUUUAGUCUCUGAUUGUUCUCAUGAAUGGGACUGCAGGCCGAUUCUGUGCUUUUUCAUGAACAUCAGUGUGAUGGUGCUGUGUCUCAGUUGUGUUUCCUCUUUUUUUUUUUUUUUUUUUUUUUUUUGGAGAUGUCACAGAACUUGGACAACAGAAUGCCCAGGACUCCUUUAGUUUCAGUGGAACUAUAGUUUCUAUUAUUGCGUUAAUAGCAUUUAAAUUUCGCUCGGAAAAAAAAAAAUCUUUUGUUUCUGAAAGUUAGGUUAUACAUUUUCUCAAAUGGUGCCAUUGGACUCCACUCUCCUCUCAGUGUUUCACCAACAGGGGUAUGAGAAGAGAAACCAUCUCAAACUGAUAGCGGAAGAAGUCACUGACGAUGAUGAUGAUUAUAAUGACAAGGAUGACGAAGAUGGCGGUAGUGUAAAUACAUUUAUGGACGUUGCCAGUUCUGUUCCUGCAUCUUCUCCCCUGCUGGGGGCUGUGGACUACAUGCAUGGUCAGAAACUGGCGGGCAGAUGAAGCGAGUGAGAUUCCCGAAGGCGGUUUGAAAAGUUUGAGCCAAACACGACGAUCACUCCUGUCUAACCAGAGGAGCGAGGUGCUGUGUAUUCAUUGUUGAUUUUCUAUUUUUUUAUGUGAACAUUUACUCUCUACCCUUUCCUGAAUGAAUGGUGACACUCUUUCAUUUGGCACCUCAAUAAAGUGUGUUCAACACGUCA